AUGACUUUAGCCUUGACAUUACCUACUUGGUACUAUCGCGUUACUGAGGCAGUCAAAAGGAGAAAUGGCGUUAUACUCUGGGAUUUUGAUGAAGAUAUCUCCGACUUUGAUGAAACCAACCCAGACAAAACCGUAACGUACAAUGGACCUGAUGCAGCAGAUUACCAUCGCUUGAGAGAGAAGCGUGAGGAGCGCAGAAGAGAGCUUUUCCAGCGCAAAGAAACUAUUCGAAAGCGCAAGGAAGAUUCAAGAGAGGAGGAGAAAAAUAAGAUUGAACAAGUGCGGGCAGCAUAUGAAGCCUUGGAGAUUUCCGUGUCCAGAAGCGAAUCAACUCGACUAGGUCCUAUCGACAGCCAGUUCGAUCUCUACUGUAUGGACUACUUUGACCUUUUUUAUGACCCCAGUCCGCAUGUAUACCAUAGGAGAUACAUCAGGUUCGAAUGCCGAGAUAGGGGGGAGGCGCACAGCGAUAAUCUCACGGGUCGGUUCUGGCUCAAUCCCAAGGUCGACUUUGAACUUGUCCCAUUCAAGGCCCCGGAUUCUUCAAGCCUUGAACGUCAUGAGAUCUACACCAUCGAUGGCAGAUUCUCCCUGAUUAUGCAAUUUAUUGACAAAGAUCACUUGAUCCUCAGAGCAAGCCAAGAUCUCGUCUUCUGGGGCGCUCUGCAGGAUUUACAAGGUCCAGAAACCUUCAUAUUCAAGGGUGUUCGCAAUGAUUGGGGCAAGCAACUUCAAGCGUUUGCAAGAAUGUUGCACCCCUGA